AUGAACAAGCCUCUCGGUUACACCAAAGGUUCUCCCAAUCAAGUUUGCAAGUUACUCAAAAGCUUAUAUGGCCUCAAACAAGCAUCAAGGCAGUGGUAUUCUAAACUCUCAAAUGCCUUAAUUGAAUCUGGUUUCUCUCAAUCAAAGGCUGAUUAUAGCCUUUUCACCCGAGACACAAAUGGCAUCUUUGUUGCUUUACUUGUGUAUGUCGAUGACAUACUUGUAGCAAGUAAUGACCUCACUAUUGUAAAUGAUUUAAAGGCCCUUAUGCACAGCAAGUUUCAAAUAAAGGAUCUUGGCCCAUUGAGGUACUUUCUUGGCAUUGAGAUUGCACGAUCCUCUAAAGGAAUACAUUUUUGUCAGAAGAAGUAUACAUUGGACAUCUUGGCAGAUUCGGGUACCUUAGGCAGCAAACACACUAAAGUUCCUAUGGAACAAAACCUCAAACUCACUAAGUCCACAGGUACUCCAUUAUCAGACCCUAGUGUUUACAGAAGAUUGGUUGGUCACUUAUUGUACCUCACUAUCUCUCGGCCUGACAUAUGUUUUAGUGUUCAAACUUUAAGCCAAUACAUGGCUAAUCCUACUGAUACACACCUCCUGACAGCUCAUAAAGUUCUCAAAUAUCUCAAAGGUACCCCUGGUCAAGGCCUCCUUCUCCCUCGUUCUUCCUCAUUUCAACUUGAAGCCUACUGUGAUUCAGACUGGGCUUCAUGUCCAGACACUAGAAGAUCUGUAAGUGGCUAUUGCAUUUUUCUUGGCUCUUCCAUGAUCUCUUGGAAGUCCAAGAAACAAUCGGUUGUUUCCCGAUCAUCGGCAGAGGCAGAGUAUCGCUCAAUGGCUGCUGCUUGCUCCGAGUUAACAUGGUUACGAUUCAUCCUAUCCACCCUUCAAGUCCCUCAUCCCCAAGCAGCUUUCCUUCACUGUGAUAACCAAGCUACUCUCCACAUCAUUGCGAACCCUGUCUUCCCCGAAAGAACCAAACAUAUCGAGCUCGAUUGCCACUUAAUUCGUGAUAAAAUCAAAGAGGGUAGCAUCUGCACUCAUUAUGUUCCCAGCUCUCACCAAAUUGCAGACACCAUGACAAAAGCCUUGUCUUCCACAGUUCUCAACACUCACUUAUCCAAGAUGGGAGUCGUAAAUCUUUACGCUCCAUCUUCCGGUAUUGGAGAAUAA